GAGAUUUGUCCUCACCAAGAUGAGAGUCGUUCCAAAAGGAGCUUUUGCAGGACUUCUUGACCUAGAGAAAAUAGAGAUCUCACAGAAUGAUGCCUUGGAGGUCAUAGAAGCAAAUGCGUUUUCCAACCUUCCCAAACUACAUGAAAUAAGAAUUGAGAAAGCCAACAACCUUGUGUACAUUGAUGCAGACGCCUUCCAACACCUUCCAAGCCUCAGAUAUUUGUUAAUAUCAAAUACUGGCCUUCGGUUUUUACCUGCUGUCCAUAAGGUUCAGUCUUUCCAGAAAGUUUUGCUAGAUAUUCAAGACAAUAUCAAUAUACGAGUAAUUGAAAGAAACUCAUUCAUGGGCCUGAGUUCUGAAAGCGUGAUUCUAUGGCUAAAUAAAAAUGGAAUUCGGGAAAUUGAGAAUCAUGCAUUUAACGGAACAUAUCUGGAUGAGCUAAAUCUAAGUGAUAAUCACAACCUAGAAAAAUUGCCAAAUGAGGUCUUCCAGGGAGCCAAUGGACCUGUUGUUUUGGAUAUUUCAAGCACGAAAAUCAGUUUCCUGCCAAGUCAUGGAUUAGAACACAUUAAGAAGCUAAGAGCAAGAUCUACAUACAAUUUAAAAAAGCUUCCUGAUCUAAGCAAAUUUAGAUCUUUGAUUGAAGCAAACUUCACAUAUCCUAGCCAUUGCUGUGCAUUUACAAACUGGAAAAGACAAAACACCGAAUUACAUCCGAUAUGUAUCAUGUCUCAGGCCAAGAAAGACCUUAAGGAGCAGCCUGGCGAAAAGCUACAGAUACAAUCUGCAUCUGAAGAUUAUAUUUCAAGCUAUGGCAUAGGAUUUGAUCCAGCAGAGCAUGACUUUGACUACGGUUUAUGCAACGAAGUAGUUAACGUAGCUUGCUCACCAAAACCUGAUGCUUUCAAUCCAUGUGAAGAUAUCAUGGGAUACAACAUUCUAAGAGUCCUGAUAUGGUUUAUCAGCAUUUUAGCUGUCACUGGGAACAUUGUUGUUCUCAUUAUUUUAAUAAGCAGCCAAUACAAGCUCACUGUACCUCGCUUCCUGAUGUGCAAUCUUGCAUUUGCAGACCUGUGCAUAGGCAUCUAUCUGUUGUUUAUUGCAUCUGUGGAUAUCCAGACCAAAAGCCAGUAUUACAACUACGCCAUAGACUGGCAAACUGGGGCAGGAUGCAAUACUGCAGGAUUUUUCACUGUGUUUGCGAGUGAACUCUCUGUCUACACACUGACUGUGAUCACCCUGGAGAGGUGGCACACCAUCACCUAUGCCAUGCAGCUGCACCGCAAGGUUCGAUUGCGUCACGCUGUGAUUAUAAUGGUUUUUGGCUGGCUGUUUGCUUUCACAGUAGCACUUCUUCCCAUAUUUGGAGUCAGCAGCUACAUGAAGUGACACCAAGAUUGCCAAACGCAUGGCC